AAAGAACCCGUCACCAUCAGCCCAUGGCUCCCGCUCCGCUCCUCGUUGUGGCGGCGCUCCUGCUCUUGUCGCCGGGGAACCACGCCAAGAACCUGCACCCGGUCGUGCUCGUCCCAGGCUACGGUUCAAACAAGAUUGACGCGCGGCUGACGGCGGCGUACGAGCCCUCGGCGCCUUCCUGCGGCGCCGGCGCGGACCAGGGGUGGUUCCAGCUGUGGCCGAACCACACGGGGAUGCACGAUGCCAGCCAGGUCCCGUGCUUUGCGGACCAGAUGAGCCUCGUCUACGACGCCGUCGCCGACGACUACCACAACGCCGACGGCGUCGCGACCCGGGUCCCGUCCUUCGGCUCCGCGCGCGGCCUCAUCGGGUGGGACCCCCUGGUGCGGCGGCUGGAAGGCAUGGGCUACCGCGAGGGCGAGAGCCUCUUCGGCGCGCCGUACGACUUCCGCUACGCCGUCGCGCCGCGCGGCCACCCGUCCACGGUGGGCGACCGCUACUUCCGCGACCUCGGGCGCCUCAUCCGGAGGGCGAGCCGGCUCAACCAGGGCCGCUCGGCUGUCGUGGUCGCGCACAGCUAUGGCUGCGCGCUCACGUACCAGUUCCUCCUCGCCCGCCCGCUCCCCUGGCGCUGGCGCUUCGUCAAGCACGUCAUCCUCCUGGCCCCCGCGCUCGGCGGGUUCGCGGAGGGGAUGCACGGCCUCAUCGCCGGCAUCGGCUACGGCCUUCCGAACGUCACGCGGCCGACGAUGACCCGGCUGGCGCGGAGCCAGCAGAGCACUCUCUGGCGCCUGCCCACGCCAAUGGUGUUUCGGGACCGGCCGCUGGUGGUGACCAAGAACGCGACCUACUCGGCGUGCAACAUGGCAGAGUUCCUCGAGGCCAUCGGCUUCCCCGAAGGGGUCCGGCCGUACGUGACGCGGGUGCUGCCAAUGUGGGAGGCGCUCCCGGCGCCGAUUGUGCCUGUCACCGGCGUCAUCGGGGUCGGGGUAAGGACGCCGGAGAAGUUCGUGUUCGGAACAGAGGGGUUCGAGGGGGAACCAGAGGUGGUGUACAGCGACGGGGACGGGGACAUCAACAUGGUGAGCCUGGUGGCCAUCGAGGAGUGGUCCGGAGUCGAAGGCCAGGUCUUGAAGGUGGUCAGGUUGCCCGGUGUCCAUCACGGUGGCUUCUUCAGUGACGAUUUCGCUCUAAAGAGUAUAGUUGCUGAGAUAUACGAGGCAGGAGGAAGUAUUGAACUCGAUUGGAAAUGGUGAUCAGAUCAUAGGCUUAAAUAGACUCUUUAUUCUGCUUUUUUUAGAUUGAGGAAUAAAAAAUUUAGUUGUGGUU